UCUUAUUCUUUUUAUCUUCCGGAGCCCGUCCUUGCCACUGCGCGCGGCAUUUCGCUGAGUCACUAGAUAACUCGCCAAAUACAUAGUCAAAAUGAGGAUCACAACGACGAUAUUCGCGGCCUGUCUGUGCGUCACAAUAGUCAAUGCCUGGCCACUCGAUUCAUUCCGGUCGAGGGCGCUCGAUCGGCUGAUGAUGUCCGAGACGGAAAAUGAUCCCGGGCUGAGGAACAAAAGGACAAUCGGCGUGUUGCGGCAAUUCUUCCCUGAUAUCUCCAAGGGUAUACAAGAUGUAGCACCAGAAGCCAGCGAAACAAAUCAAGUAGUAAGCGAAGCUGAUGCUACCCAGUCACAUCAAACGGCAGAAUCACAAAACAAUGAAGUCAGAGUACAGUUCGCCGAUGAGACGCCAAGCGAAGCUGCUAAUGAAGGUGAACUCGCACCUCUCGAUGAUGUCGAGGCUGCGGACGAUGACAACCGUAACAAGAGGUUCCUCACCUUUGGUGGUAACGGCGGCGGCAGUGGAGCUGGAUCUGGAAACUUCCUCUUCGACAUUAUCAGGCAAGCAGCUGACGGUGCAGCUCGAGCAGCCGGCACAGUAUAUCGAGUAGUGGCUGGUACUCAAAGCCUGGGGCUGGGCCUUAGUGCGUCUCGCGACAUUGGCCCAGCCCCUAUGAUGCCUGCUGCCUCGGGUGGUAUGAUACCACCUCCGAUGAUGGCUCCAAGUGCCCCAAUGGCCCCAAUGGCCCCAAUGGCUCCAGGAGCUACUAUGCCCCCAGGAAUGAUGAUGGGCAACGGCACGAUGCCAGCGAUGGUGACAGGCGGCAGCGGUAGUGCCAGCAGUAGCGAUCCAGCAGCUGGUGCUCCAGAGCCCGGACCCCAACAAGAAGCAGUACCCGGACCUGUGACCAGGUUGUUCGUUAUUGCGAAUAGGGGUAUCUCCAACCUGAUCCAGGAUCUCAUUCUUCGUCUGGCGGCAACGAGUGAACGUAUUGUCAACUUCAAAGCGCGACUCAUCACCUCGAUCAUCUAAGACGUCCAAACUUGUCAACGAAUCAAUUUAUCGAUCUCGAUAGUGAAGAGCCAAAAGAUCGAUGGACAUCGAUGAGCUAAACUAAAUUUUUUCUCAACAACACCAGCAUACAAUGAAAAACAUAAAACUAGCCUGUAGAACGUGUUGCUGCGAGAAUGGGAGCAACGUGAUUCCCGACUUUGCAGAAUGGACCACGGGAACGACGACAGCAACGUUGCCGAUGACAUUACGUAUUAUAUAUCGGCGUGUCUGUGGGAGGGAAAGUCGACACUGUGACUUUUCCAUGCGCGUACGCGAGAAAACGCAACGUUGCUCCUUGUGCCCGCGAGAUCCAAAUGCGAGUUAUCAGUACGUUUAUCCUUCUACUUAUUCUUCUUCUUUUAGAGUGAGAGUAUUGAGGACGUUCGAUCCUUGGUGAUUUACACUUCUUUUUCUUCUUGACUCUCCUUUUCUUUCUCAUCUCUCCUCUUAAAUUAUGUACGAGAUAUAUUUUUUAAUUUUUCCAUUACUCUAACUUGCUUUGCUAUAAAACUUUUCUUUUCUACUUAUCUUCCAAUGAAAUUAUUUUGUGAAUAAUUUUGGAACAAUCUAUUUGCCAUUUUAUCAAAAUUUUUAACUAAAAGCUUUUAAUAAAAUAAUUUUCAUUACUAUUUAAUACUUUUUCUUUGAAAUUUGUUCUGAGUAUUUUGGUAUAUUUAUAAAUCAGAGUUAGGUCGCUCAAAGUUUUAACAUUUGCUUUGAAACAUACUAACUACUCGGUUACCAGUGUAAUUUUGAGCGAUAUGACUUGCGUAAAAAAACAUUACACUGCGUUUUUAUAAAUCUUUUUCUCUAAAAUGACUACGUUGUGCUGCACAUAAACAUGCGUGCAAACUUGUACAUAGUCCCGUUUUUUGGAUGCAAAAUACAGUGCCAGGCGUUAAUUGAUAUUGUCAAAUAAUGAUGAGACGCAACGACAACAUAUGUUCUAUAAAUUGAUAAGAUAUAAGAAAACACCGUUAUGUUUAUACUUCUGAUACCAGUGACAAUCAGCUUAUUUGUACACGACGGUGUUGAUUUUUUGCAAAGCUAAGCUAAAAAUACAGUUAUAUUUCGUUUGACAUCCAACGAAUAAAAGAUGAAAAACCUCUUGAUUACUUACGUUCUUAAAAGGUGUCAACAUCUUUGUAUCAAGAUAUAUCAAAUACAUCUUAUUAUUAUAGGAAUUCAGUUGUCAAUAAAAUAUCUAUAUUUUUACGAAAUUCAUAUGAAUGAUCUGUUUACGAAUGUAACAGAAAGCCAUGAGAGUUGUAAUUGAAUGAUUGAAACGUCAAAUUAUUGUGCUCGAAACUUGCCCCGAAAAAAAAUGUCAAACUCAUCACCACUUAUCUUGCUUUUUGUAAAUAGAGCAAGUGAGUGACUAAAAAUAGGUGUUUGUUUGUUCCUUGUUUUUUUAUAUAUUGUGGAAUGAAGGACGGGUUUUCUUAGA